AACUGGAACAGAUAAGAAACAUACCAGCCUACAAGAAUAAAAUAAAUUCUAUUCUAGAAGAAGCAAGAACCUUAGCCGCAGAAGAAAGAAGUCAAUAUUCAGAAAAUCAACAAUUAUUCU